AUGAAGUGUGUUUGCCUCCUGUGGGGCUGUCUGCUCUUCUCGACCGGCAGCGUGGUCCCGGUGUGCGUGGGCGAGAUGUUCACGUCGCUGCUCAACGUGCGGCAGGCGAUCAGCGUGGAGAGGAAGCUGAUCGACGAGCUGAAGACUUACAUCGAUCACGAGUGGGAAAGGCUGGAAGACAUCAAGAGGUUUUAUUCCAAGGUGUCACACCUGCACAGUGACACCUACAGAGGCUCGCCAAACGCCAUGGCCAACCCACUGGUGGCGUUCACCCUCAUCAAGCGCCUGCAUUCCGAGUGGCUCAAUGUGGUUUACAGCCAUGAAGCCUCAGAGAACGCAGAAGCCCUCAGGUCCAGUUACGAGGAAGAAGAGGCCAACUUGCCCAAACUGGAGGACCUGCGGGGGGCCGCCAGGGGCCUGAUGAGGUUGCAGGAUGUGUACGCGCUCCACGUGGCCAGCCUGGCGAGUGGUCGCUUCCGGAGAGUGGCGGACGGAAAACUGGUGGAGGUUUACAAACCGGCUGUGUCCGUGUCGCUGUCUGGUGAUGACUGCUUCCUGGUCGGAAAGGUGGCAUACGAGCAGGAGGACUACUACCACUCGGUUCCAUGGCUGGAGGAGUCGGUGCAGCUCUUCAGGGGCCCGGGAGGAGAGUGGAGCCCCGAGAACGAGGGCACGCUGGAGGACGCCCUGGACCACCUGGCCUUCUCUCACUUUAAAACGGGGAACAUCUCCCACGCUCUCAGUCUGUCUCAGGAGUUGCUGCAUCAUGACCCGAUGAAUGGAAGGGUCUUGGAAAACGUUGAGAAAUACGAGAGGUUACUGAUAGCGAGGCCGCCCGCGUCGCUCCGUGACCGAGGCCUGACGAGACCCACGUCCAAAUAUUUAAGAACCAGGGACACUUACGAGAGACUGUGCCAGACCCAAAGCUCUCAGAACCGCAGACUGUUCUGCGACUACUUCACCAACGGGAGCCCGGCGCUGACUAUGAUGCCUGUAAGACGAGAAGUGCUGAGCCUGCGGCCGUACGUGGUCAGGUACCACGACUUCAUCACAGACGCGGAGUCUGACGACAUCAAGACCCUCGCCAAGCAGGGAUUGAGAAGAUCCGUUGUGGCAGCUGGAGAAAAACAAGCCACGGCAGACUAUCGCAUUAGCAAGAGUGCCUGGCUGAAGGACACAGCACACUCCAUGGUUGGCAAGCUGGACCGCAGGAUCUCUGCGCUCACGGGUCUCAACGUGACACACCCGUUUGGCGAGCACCUCCAAGUGGUGAAUUAUGGCAUCGGCGGCCAUUAUGAACCUCACUUUGACCACGCCACGUCGCCCUCAAGUCCUGUGUUUCGGCUGAAUACUGGCAACCGGGUGGCCACCUUCAUGAUUUAUCUCAGCUCUGUCGAGGCUGGUGGAGCCACAGCCUUCAUCUAUGCCGACUUCAGCGUACCUGUCAUGAAGAACUCCGCCAUCUUCUGGUGGAAUCUGCACAGAAGUGGAGCAGGAGACGACAACACCCUGCAUGCCGGCUGCCCUGUGCUUAUUGGCGACAAAUGGGUGGCAAACAAAUGGAUCCACGAGCAUGGCCAAGAGUUCCGACACGCCUGCAGCCUGAAUCCUGAGGAGUGAGGUGGGCGGAGUGUAUUCCUUUUGGAGUCAACCGAGCGAGGCACACGUGCAGCCUUCAAGCAACUCGAGUGGAUCGCACAAACCCGAGCGAAAAGUAACAGAGGCGUUUAUUGCGACGAGCCUCCAGAGGCCAAAAGAUGUACUGGCCAGGUCCUGCAAAUGGACACAAGAUUGAGAACACUGCUGGAUUCACUUAACGGUCUCAAAAUCCAAACAUGCUUGCUUGGAUUAAAAGUUUUCUGAGUCUACAGUGACAAACACAACAUGACAAGCUAUGUUUGGAUGCUGACAGCCUAAUUACCUCCUCCAAUUACACAAUUAGUGCACUUCCAUUCUGAGUGUACACUCUUGCACCGAACAAACACGCCCUGAAUGGUUUGUGUACAGCAGUGGACCCUAACCGCCCUCAAUCAUCGCCAUCUUGAUAAAUAGCUAACUUUGGUGGUUGCAAUUCCCAAAUGAAAAAGAGAGAGAGACAGAGAAAGCGCACAAAUGCAGCAGUACCUCAACUUACGAGCUUACUUGGUUCUGUGACGGAGCUCUUCACUCAAAACACUUGUAUCUCAAAUCAACGUCGUCAAUUAAUUUGGUGCUUGGCCAUCUUAAAACAGCACAAUUUUAACAUGUAACAUGCAUUUUAAGAAGAAAAACAAACUUUUAGAUAUGAAAUGUACAAACAACUACAAUAGUUUUAUCAGUUAAUGAUUACGUAUAUCCAAUCCAAUCCCCUUUAUCUGUAUAGCCCUAUUAACAACAGAACUGUUUCCAGAGUGCUGCACAUAAAAAGAAACAUUAAAAAGUAAUUACAUUAAAAUAGUUUAAAAUAAAACAAGUAAAAAACAAAUCAAUAAAAUAGAAUGAAACAAUAAGAGACAAGUCAAUAAAAUAAAACAAUAAAAGACACAGAGGACCACUAGACUCAUUUAAAUUUAAAAGCCAGAGAGUAAAAGUGGGUUUUAAAAGGGAAUUGCACUUUUUUUUGGAAUUUUGCCUAUCGGUCACAAUUAUUAUGAAAGACAAGAAGACAAAAGGUUUUUUUCUUCACAUUCUAACAUGUGAAACUCGUCUUGUUUUAAGUACCUAGCAAUGCAGCUAAUGGGGGCCAUCAAUUCUACUUCUAAAUCACUUUAACAAUGCAUUAAAAAAACGUCAACAAUACUUAAUUUACGUUCUGUAACUUGUAUAUUAACCAAACUGUAGUAACAUUAUUGUAAGAGCGAACACUGAGGAACUCUUUUUUUCUAUCGUACUAACACAUCGGCGUGCUACGGUAUUAGCCAUAAAAGCUAACUACGGCAAGAGAUAAGGUAACUUCUACAUUAGCACAGAACGCGUGUGAGUUAGUAAUGCACAACACAAUGCGAUAAGACACCAAUCUGUACUGACUGAAAAACAUGAAUAAUCAUAUUACAUUAUCUGUAAAAUAUUAGCCCACAUUUUUACGUUUUGUAGAUAGCCAGAUAGCAUAUGCUGUCUGUAAUGAUACACACGUGAUGUGUACGUGUACCAUGAUUAAUACAAAGUGUGACUCAAUGGAUGGGCAGUUGUCUCUUUGGUCCAGCUGACCAGGGACGUUUUUUCAAACUUCUUUGGAGUAAGCACGCCAUUUAUGACGAAAAAGCUUGUCUCCAAAUUCCACAUUUGCAGCUUCGAUUCACUUUCACUUCACUCUCUCGGCUUUCGUCUGCUCCAACGCUUCACCCUCUUCUUCGUGCCGGCUUCUAGAAGCAGUAGUUCAUCCUCCAUAAAUUCAGAUUCAAAAAGAUAAAGUUGUGAAUCCUCAUUUGUUCAAAAAUAGUCAUCUUCGUUGUUACCAAGUCUGCCAUGAUAAGUGGUUUGUAUCUGGAAGUAGGAACACGCUCGAAGUCGGAAGUGCGCUGCUAUGUAAACGGAAAUCAAUGCGCCAAAAUAUAGUAAAUAUUGUACAUAAUACAUAUUGUUAUGAACAUGUCUGUUACUACAUUAUAUAUAAACUUGUUGUGUGUAUAUAAAACGGUGAUGGAGGGUUUUGAAGUUGUCUUAGAGGGCUUUGAAGGCUACAACGGUGACUGCCAUUAGCCGCAUCUUUCAAGCGUUUUUUAUCAUCGCUAAAAUCCUAAUUAAAAAAAAGACAUGUAUGUUCUUGUCUCUCAUAUUGAUUGUGAACGAUAGGCAAAAUUCCCCAAAAAGUGCACUUCCCCUAUAAGACGAGACCUAAAACAUUCAACAGUGAGGGCCGUGAGGGGGCAGAACAUUCCAUAGUUUAGGGCCCACAACAGAGAAGACCCUGUCUCUCUGUUUUAGCCUCGUUUUAGGCCCCACAAGUUGGAACUGGCCCUCGGGCCUCAAUGCGCGAGCUGAGCCAUAAAUUUGGAUGAGGUCCGUGGUGUACUUUGAGGCCAGUCCAAUCAAAGCUUUAAAAAACAAAUAGUACAAUUUUUUUUUUAUCAAUUCUAAAACGAACAAGAUGCCAAUGCAGGUGAUGUGCUCCCUUUUUUUGUGCCGCAAAAAAAAAAUACAAAAAAUAAUAUUGUGCCGCACAGUCCUGGACUAAUUGUAACUGACUUAUAUUUGAAUGAGAGUAGACUUAUACAGUAUCUCCUUCCAGCUGCUUCUCCGUCAAACACACCAUCAGCAGGUUCUCCGUAGUUUCAUGGAUAAAUGCCCGCCGUUAAAGGGGAACAUUAUCACAAUUUCAGAA